AUGAACGUCACGGAAGCGACCGACAACUUCCCCACCGACUAUAUUCCUAUCACUCCGGUGAGCCUCUUUUCCAAUGAAAAACGGAUAGUUUUUUCAAACCCGAUCAGACGAUCUCUCGGUUCGCAAAAAUCAUUUUUGACCUAUUAUUUCUGAAAAAGAUUGUUCUCUCGUAACUUGAAAAGUCAUAAAACUUUUCUCGUUGGAAAAUUACAACUGAUGGAAAAUUCAUAUAUUUUUUUUCAAAAAGCAGUGAGAGUAUGUAGGAAAGUGCUCUACAGAAUUACAACAAUUGCAAAUGAAUUUUAGAAAAAAAUUUCCUUUUUAUUAAGUAUGAGAAUCUUAACUUACAUUGGCCGAAAAAUUGUGAGAAACAGGUUUUUUUUAUUCAUUUUUUUCCAAAAAAAGUUCUUUAAUUCGUGAAACGGAAAAAAAGUUUUUUUGAAAGUUUGACGUAACCUAUUGCUGCUCUUUUUUUCACAAAAAAAGUCCGUGAAGAAAGAAUCGCAGUCUGUUUUUUUGAUUCACUUCUGACUGAGAAGGGAUCAACUCGGCUUGAACUCAGUAACAAAACUAUUUCAAAAACAAUAAGAAAAAUUAAUGAUUUCAUUACUGGACCUUUUUUUCUGUCACUUUUUCAAUGGAGACGAAACGAUUACAUUGAUCAAAAAUCGAUUCAGUCUGAUUUUUUUACUCAAAAGGUUCAUUUUUAAGACUUUUUUUCGUGGAAAAAUUGGAGGUUACUCUUUAUAAAAUUUACCAGCAACCUUUCCGAAGCUUUGAAUAUCGAAAAAAAAUUCAAAUUUCGCCUUUAAAAACGUUUUUGAGACUCGAAAUUACGACGUGCAAACCGAAAGCAUAACUUCAUGUUUCUUUCGAUAGGUAACUUUUGAUCCAAUUCCCAUCACUGGAAAGAUCAAUUUUAAGCAUUUUGCAGAUCCGCCUGGCGGCCAACGCAGUAUGGAGCAUCACAGCGGCGCUCGGGAUCCCGGCAAACGUUUUUGUCCUCGCUUCGAUUGUUUACUUCAGGUUUUGAAGCUGCACUAUCUGCCAGAGUGAAUCCUCCCACUAUACACUUUUAACCCUUGGUCAGGAAGAGGCGAGAAAAAAGGGACUCACAUGCACUUCUCCUUCCCAAUAUAGCAAUAUGUACAUGUUCGGAAUCACAUGUUGUUCUUCAAAAAUGGUCAAAAAUGCAACACUUUUAAUCCGCUUAAGAAACCUUCCUGCAGAGAAGGUUGGGUAUAUGAGAAAGGAGCAGAAGCUUGGAAAAGGGGGAAAAUUUGGCUAAUUUUCGAUUAUUUUGAGAUGGAAAAAUGAAUCAGUUGGAUGUGAUUAAGAUUGAAAAUUGCAAAUCCAGCGCUGGUCACAGAUUAUUUUAAGCAAAAAAAAACUUCUGAAGUCUAAAAAAGUGUAAUAAAGUAUAGUUCGAUAUGAAAUAGAACAACUGAAAACUUUGAGAUGAUACUUCGACUUUUUGGGUCUAUUUUGCCUUUAGUUUAAAUGUUCUCAAUCCUUCUAAGAGAGAAGCUUUCACAACUUGUUUUCUAGGAUCAUAUAUCCAGCACUUACCUUGGUCAGAGUCCAUCAUUUUUUUUUAUGUUCAGAGAUAUGCGAACUAUAUCAAACGUCUACAUUUUCAACUUGGCUCUUGCGGAUUUGCUCUUUCUGUCGGGGAUCCCGAUUGUCAUCAUUCAACACGGCGAUUGGGAUUUCGGGGCUACUAUAUGCAAGCUUUACGUUAGCUUUUAUUCGGUGAGGACUUCAAUGAAAAUUUGGAGGUGAAAUAACCAUCAAAAUGUGGUAGGGCUGAUUUGAAUCAAUCAGGUUUUUGCGCUUUAUAUCAAGGUUAGUUUGAGAAAAUUAUAACGAUUGGCCAAUGUCGGGGUAUAAUUUAAAGACCCCAACUAUAAGUAACCUUUUUCUAUGAAUAAACAUCCGCCCAAGCUAUCAUGGUUAAUGAUAAGCUUCAAAUUUUUAUACUCGGAGAUUCAAUAAAUUUCUUACUGAACUUUGUUGUCAAAGGGGCUCCAUGAUGACUUCAUGUUAUGCACUAAACAUGAAAAAUUUGCAGGUUUCGCAGUUUGCCUCGCCAGUUUUCAUCGCGAUUCUGUCGUUUGAUCGGUUCAUGGCGGUCUGUCGGCCACUGGCCUCAACCGCCUGGAGAUCCACGCACGCCGCAUUUGCAUUUUCGCUCCUGGCUUGGGCCAUGGUCAUUCUGGAGAUGACGCCACUUUUGCUGUUUGCAAAGGUCGUCAAAAUCUCGAAUGGUGAGAGCUGUUGGGAAUAAAAUAAGUUCAAGCAGGCUGAAAAGUUGGAAGACAAAGUCUUUGUAUUGGAAAAACUUAGUAUCCAAAAAAGUUAAACGUUAAGAAAUCAGAACUUUUUUUGAAGGAAAACCAUUUGACCUUUUUUUGGAGACUGCAUUUCUGAGUCAUCAGUUGAAAAUUCACUCGAAAAAUUGCUAAAUUUAAAGAAGACGUGUUUCAUUUUCAAUUAAAAAAAUUUUUCUCCUGAAAUUUAGAACUCAAUCACAACUUCAAAAAGUUUCUGAUUGAAACCGAAUGAAGAUUAUGUGAUUGGGGAUAUCCGCAAAGAUUUAAUCGAACCGAACAAUUUUUCUUUCUUGUCAAUUGCAAAAAUGAAACAUAAAUUGCAGGUGGAACCUCUUCGAUCCGAAAAUGCAUGUUAUUUGUUGGAAGCGAAAAAGACAUUGAAUACUCGGACGAUUCUAACGAAGCUGAAGUUUCUGCAAAGCAAAAUGUUGUCGAAGACACGAUGCUGCUUUCUAAAAGGUAUAAUGAUAGAUGUCUUUAAAGAAUCUCUUGAAACUCAGGAGUUUUCGAAAAGUCUGAAGGAUUCCCCGAAAAUCUGCAUUUACACUGAUUUUUGUUUUUUUAACCGUCAUUUCGAAAAUAGUCUAUUGAGUAAAUAGACCGAGCUUCGGGAAAUCCACAAAAAAAGAAAGUUCGAAGUCAGAUGGGGGUUUUUGUUUGGAACUCCAAAAAACGUAUUUUUAUUUUUGGAAGACUUCGAGUUUAUCAGUACAACUUCUUUUUUAGAAUUUGAUAAAAAUACUUCGGUGACCAGCGUUCAGAGUUUUCUUAUGAGGAAUGCGUCCUAUUUUGUACUUUGGAAAGUCCCAAGUUUCCCACUAAACUAUAAUCCCUAAUAAUGUUGUGGUUUCCUCUCUCUGUUAUAACUAAACCUGCAAAGGCGAUUUUUGGAGCUCUAACUAAUGAAAGUUCUUUUUUUCACGCAUUUCUCCUAUUUCAGAUUCUUCACCGCCUACAUCUUCACGUUUUCCUAUUUACUCCCGCUUCUCGCCGUCUGGUACUUCUACGUGAAAAUAAUCACGAGAAUGUGUCGAAGGCGUCAGCAAAUGUACAUAAAAAGGACCAUAACUAAGAAAAAGACGACAAAGGUCUCAUCUUUCUAAGUUUUUCCGGUUAAUUUGAGUUUUCAGGUGACGAUUAUGGGACUGGCCAUCGUGACCUCAUACACACUCUGUUGGCUGCCCUUUUGGCUCGUUCAGUGGUCCAUCGAGACCAACGCCAGUUGGAAAAGGUCGAAGAGACCAGAAAGCUCAUUCCUAAAAGACAUUUGAUAGGAGGAAGCGAUAAAAUAUAAUCUUCUAUUCGCUUCGGUCUCAAAUGGCUGAAGAUUAUAGUACUUUGCUCCAAAACCGGACAAAAUUGUUCUUUGUGAAAAAUUGAGAAAAAGAAAUUACAAAAAAAUAGAUCAGAUUUUUCAAAACAAACCAAAAAUAAUUUUCAUAGAAUUUAAGAUGAUUAUUUUUUUGAAAUUUCUUCAAAUCUUUCAAUUCAUGACCAUGAAGUUACUUUUUUUGAAUUAACCUUGACGAAUUCCCGUAAUGAACCACAUGGUCCAAAAACUUUUCAAAUGAUCAUGUAAAUAAGUUUCAAUAAAAAAACUAAUUAUUUCAUUCAAAAACGAUUUAAUUUUUUUCCCAAAAGUUCAAAUAAUUUUUUGAUUAGUUUUUUUCAUAGGAAAUGUAAAAAAAGCCUGCUAAGUUAAUAAUAAAGGAUUAUAAACAAUAAAAGUUUUAACAGAUUCUUCUUGUUUUAAAAAUUCUAAAAGCGGGUUUUUUUAAAAACUUUUUUUUCUCCUGAAAAAAACGCACGUCAUUUGAAACACGUCAACCGAUGCUAAGUUUAUAUGAACUUUCUAAGAACUUUACCCUGUAAAUUCAAAUUUGGGCAAUUUCAGCAACCAGUUCCUAUUGGUCUGCGUGUCGUACUUUGCUUUCUCGUUGCAAUACGUCAACUCGGCGGCCAACCCGUUUCUCUACGUCUUCCUGUCCGAUUCAUUCAAAAGAAAUGUGACAAAUGCCUGGUUAUUAGAAGGAGUUCGAUUGUUUCAGGUCUCAAAGUUGCUUCAAAAUCGUGGCGUUGGAGUCAAAAACAUGCAGAAGCGACCAAGUGCCACUGCGAGCGACACGACCAAAAUGCUGAGCGUCCAAACCCCAAACUCCGGGGCCUGUCAAUCUUUCUGA